GUUUGCAUAAUUUAUGUUCAAGCAGUAUGGCAGCUGGUGUUGGCAGCAAAAUUGGUCGCAAAUCUAGAGAAUCCAGUCAAUGUUUUUUUUAGGUAUUUGUAUGAAUUCAUUACAUUUUAUGACGUUUUGGAUACUUGUAGAGUCUUAGUUUCUGAUCUCUGUUGCUUGUCUGUGACGUGGCACCAAAUGCAUUUGGUUUGCGCGACAAAGCUCCCUUUUAAACCCAAACUGAAAAUUUGCACGGAUCAAGUCUGAGGGCAGACAUGGGUGUUAUUAAAUGCUCAAAUGGCACGAUCCAUGAGUGUUUUCCUCUCACACAAAAAAAUAAACGGUCAUAUUUAUUUAACCUUUAUUGAUCCAGUAAGUCUUAUUGUGAUUAAAAUCUCCUUUCUAAAUAUGGUCUGACAGAGGAUGUGUGUGAAUACGGGGUUACACAGAUGAACCACGCCAUGCGGGACCUUAUAACAAGUGCAGCAAUUAACCCUGCAGUACUGAAUGUGGACCCCGUGGCACAGUCAAUGUACCGUGUUCCACCGUUCCAUUAAAACAUGUCAAUCAUAAACUAUCUAACGUCAACCUGUAUUCCCGCCUCGCAGUGGAGAUUCUUAACGCCGUUAAAUCCGCGUCCCCCACGAAUUGGUGACACUGUUGUCGGUGCUUCUGAUAAAAGAGCUUUCUGUUGGUGAGCGACACACAAGUCGCGUGCAUAAAUGCAGCACAUUACCUGCUGUCUGGCUUUGAUGUUGAAUAUCCUCUUACUAAAAUCCCACAAAAGGGCUCGAGAAAGAAGGAUCAAACGCUGCCAGCACAUGUGUCUACAGAGGGGAUCUGCUGCAGUCAGUCAUGUGUCCACUUUCACCAAAGCAGCAGUGUUUCGAUUCGUUAUUUAUAAUGCGUGGAUUUGACAAACGCAAAGAAAAUGGAAGAAAUGCUGACGUAGUGCACAAAUAAGCACGGGGAGAUGAAUGUUUGGAAGUACAAUGAGAGACUGAAAGCGGGGCACGUGAAUCAGAGAGCAGGUAUAGCACGGGUAUUAUAUUGUCGAGUUAAAAGUUAGGUGGACUUGGGCAACAGCACAUCAAUGGACGGGAUGUUGGGCAAUGGACAAGACUGGUGACGGGAUUGCAGCUGAAGGAGAACACGUGAUCGAGAAGAUGACCCCCCCGUAGAAACGUAGCAGGGAUUAGAUAAACAAUGGCAUUGUACGACGGUAAUGAAUGCCAAUGGUGGUCAUAUCGAUUUUGGAAGAACGUUGCCAUGAUCACAUGCAGCGGUGGAUGGACAACGGCUGAUGACGAUGCAAUGCACUCUCCAUUCGGAUGGAUAUAGCAUCUCAUUACAACGGCAUCUUCAGAUGCUGUACAAAACAGCGUGGCAUGCGUAUCAUGUAGAUGGUAAUAUACAUUAGGAUAGGUAUUCUAAAGAGGAGAAGAGGAGGACCUUGAUCCUCGACUUAACCAGAGGCAGGGAGCUGACAACACGGAUUGCUGGGGUGAAAGAGAUCCAUGUUGUGAGGGCAGCGGACAAGGAGCUGAAUGGCCAUGGCAUUCCACCUCCAUCACUGCCUCCAAGGCCUUCUACAUCCGUCUAUUUCGUGGUAAGACAAGUUCAGAUAGUUCAGGGGAAAGGUGCCAUUCGCACCUCAUUGCCACCUUCAUCCUGAACCCUCUUGUUACCCUGCUAUCCACACGCUGCUGCACUAAUAGGGUUUAUGGUCUAGGUUCUUUAUUAACUUGACUCCUGUAUCAGUCUUGAUUUGAAGCUUUCGUGACUGCAGGUUCUCAGGUUCUCCACGAAUUCUUACCACUCGCCAGUGUGCCAUCUGCCAAACGAGUGCUUGAAGGCAAUUAAGUUGUUGGAAAGAAUGUGUUUUUCUCUCUCAAUGAACAUUUACGAUUUAUGAUGAUCAGCAUUCGGUCAAUGGUGCUUUUUCCUGGUCAAACGCCUGCUUUUACCUAGCUCCUGGCUGCCAUGAAAAUCCAGCUCGCUGCUCCUGCUGUAUAUUGGUAGAGAAGACCUGCAGGGCUCCAAAAGUCCUUAAUGCUUUCAGCAUGACCUGCAGGUUGAGCUUCGAUAUAUUCGGCAAUAAGGAAAAUAUCAACGCAAACAUUUUCACGCCGUACAUUUAUAGCACUUUGCUGAAGUAAUUCAAAGGAUAGACUGGCCCUCUCACGGUAACGUGGAUUUUUUCACCGUUGUUCCAGAGUGACAAACACAAAUGAUCACUGCACCAUGCUUGUUUGAGCAAACACUCACUACAUUAUAAGGAAUCGUGUACAUGUCAGCCUGGCUCUCUAGCCACAUCUCCAAACACCCCAGCAGGUAAUGUGCACACUACUGUUAAUCCACAUACCUUUAAUCCAGCACAUACUCCAGUCACUCGCUCACCGGCGGCCAGGCACCUCUUUAUCACUCUUCUAUUGCUACUACCAUGCUCACUGUUCCUGUGACCUUUUACCCAUUGAUUCCUCUGCCCUAUGUUGAGCACUUGGUCUACCAGGCUCAUCCACCCAUACACCCCACACUGCCACCGCAUCGCGCUGCUCGACUAAGAAAUUCCCUCCCAUUGUCGUUUUUUUUUUUCCCCAAACUCUUCUAACCAUACUCAAUCCGCGAAUCUUGUUAAAUGUUUUCUAUCUCAGUUAUGUGAUUGCCGUUCGUUGCGGGCUGCCUGACGUUAUGGGCUGCCUGACGUAAUGGGCCUCAGGGCCCUGUGUUCUGCAAGUGCGUGUAAAAAAAACAAAAUCACAAUCCACAUUACACUUUACAGGUACAUUUCGGCAUUCUCAACGGAGGUUGCACAGAGCUGAUAAUAAUUAGAAAUAGAUGCCCAACCUAGCUUUCAGUAAAUGUAAACGGUAAAUCACAAACUCUGAACGCGUUCCCAGAGUGAAAGGAGCUGUGUGAAAGUGCACAAAACAAGGACCACAUUACCGCACAUAGGUCACAGCUGGCAAGGCUUUGUCAAAGGUGCAUUAGCCAGCAGUCAUCCCACUGAUUGAAAAAAAUAACACACGUGUCUUUGUGACUGCCCUGGGCAGGGAGAGAUAAUAUGUAUUUAUUGAAUCCAGCAUUGCUGCAAGAAAGGUGCCUCGCCAUAUAUAAUCCACUGUACCCGUGGCUCCUUUCUUGCAAUAAAUUCGAUACGGACAAAAUUCCACUCACGUAGACCCACACCGAGGAGUUUUGCAUCCGUAAUUGACAGCAAUUUAAUAUCACGCUAACCCACUCCCCACCUGCCCGCACUCACUCACCUGUGUCCUGUCAGUAAUUACAUCAGGGUGUAAUAGGAAGUCCUCGUUUGACUGCUGCCAUUUGGGAUGAUGGCCACAGAGAAAUCACCUUGGGGUGCCAGUCGCAGUGCAGCUAUUCAGCCAGAACGCAGAAUCACUUUGUUUGCUUGAAACUUGGACCCAGUAGGCUUGCUUUCAGAGCGUAGCAUGGACGUAGCAGGCAAGGAUCCGUGGUUUUAUAACGCAUAAUAAUAAUAUCGUGAAAGGGAAUUUACACAUUUCAUUGGGAUAUGAAUGCAAUUGUUGUUUGUACACUAACCUCCUUUGCGAAUGAUUCUUGAAAAUAUUGACAGUGAUGAGCAUAUUUUAUGGGUUAUUUUGAGGGCCAGAUUUUAUCUUGUUCAAGUUUUAUUGAUACUACUUUACAAAGGAUUCGCUUGUGGUACGGAUAAGAAUAAUUAAGAACAUUUGGUAUUUGCCCCAUUCGUAUAGCUUUAGGCAGUAACAACGGUGCUGUGUAUUACAGAGUCUGCAGUGCAUUUAGAAGAGAGGGCGAUGGUGCUCCGUGUGAUGCCAAUUGAGAAUUUUUUGAGUAAUUUUAUUAAAAUCUGUUGAAUUUGUAUCAUACUAUGGCCACUCGUUUUUGAAAUCAUGUCAGGGGAUUUUGAACAUCCACUGUAAAGAAGACGGCCUGUAUGUUGUGGUUAAAACGCACGCAGUAUUAACCAGGGCAGCCUGCUGGACUCAAACCACGAACUCCUCCGCAACGAGUGGCGUACGCGCUAACCGCUGGGACGUGUGACUGCCGCAACGCAAUGGGUAGACCAUGGGACAACCCAGAGGUCUCCGCUUCAAUAUUCCAGCGUAGCAGUUAAAAGGAUGGGCAAGUGUCUUGAAUUCCACCUCUGUCCACCCAGAAGCAUACGUGGGUUGCAUCGUGUGGUGGGGUACAUUCUAGGUACUCCUACCUUUUACAUCACGUCAAACCAACGUGAAAGAGUAGGCCAAAUUACCCUCAAGUGGCACUGUAUAGAAGACCCUUCCAUUAGAGGUCUUUCCAUCAGUAGUGUGAUCAAGAAAUGGCAGGGUUGCACCUGUACCUUGUACUCCUCCAUACUUGUGUAGUGACAGGGAAUGAGUCACUGUAGCGCGUGCCGCUGGGGGAUUGGUGGACAAUAGAAUUAGGGGUAACAGCCCGUUCUCCCAGUUGCACCUGUGGGCAAAGCACGGGGCAAUCUGGGGGAUCCAGACGGGUGCGUGGGGCCGAGGGCGGAGCCUGGCUGCGAUCUGGAGUGGAACUCGUCGUGCUGCCGUCGUCGUUGUGAUCUUCGCCCUCUUCAAGCUGUGGGUCUGGCAGCAUGUUGGCUGUCCAGACCCGGCGCAGUGCUGCUGUCCAGUAAGCGGGGGUGCUGAUCUGACAACACCUGCUGUAUAGAAAACACGUCCACGUUUUAGCCGCGACGGUAAAAUAAAACAGGAUGCCGCUCGUCUAUGGAGGGUGAUAAGUAAUCGAAUUUGUUUUGAACCUCCUCUGAAAUUAUUGCGCGAAAAAAUAUAUUAUUUUGCUGGAAGAAUUUUUCGUAAAAAAAAUCAACAAGCAUAACAACAUCAAGAGUCAGUCAUUUUUUUUUCAAGAUACCAAUGUCUUGAUUGCUAGAAAGGUUUCCCGUUUAACCUUCGUUCAUGCAAAUUCUCCAUUAUAUUUUUGGCAUUGCAAAAACUUCACAAUUAAAUAUGCUUCUCACUCUGAGCACGCAAAUGUGUUUGCAUUCUGGGCUUCCUUUCCUGUUAACAGUCGCCCUAUGGCACAGCUUUGCAAAAGCUCAAUCUGGGUGCCAAGACAAAGAUGUCAAACAGUGGCACAAAGAGCCCCAAAACAUCACCGUCAUCUGGACAACAUCAGGAAAACUUUGCUCCCAUGUCAAUCCCAAGUGUCAGAAUGAAAACGAGUCAGACUCGACGGAAAACGCCCCGCUCUUGCAUCCUGAGAUCUCUCAGAUGUGUGCGCUGGACAUGCAGCUUGGAGACAACUUGUACCUGAUCGCACCCAACGGCACGACCAUGAACCCUGCCUACGUGUCCACGUCGGAAUUCUCCUGCCCCUUCAACGGGAGCUCCGGCGAACCCCGCCGCCGCUGGGCCCUCUUCGGCGGCCCCGUCUCGGGCAUUCGCCGGCUCGAUCCGAACCUGCUCGCCGAGGGAACGCACCGCUUCGCGCACGCCGCCGAAGGGAGCCUCGAAGCGGGCGCGCGCUUGGCCGUCAGAGUGAGGCGCCACGAGUGUGGGCCCGUCGAGGGGAACGCCGCCCUGUGCUCGGGCAGAGGCGCCUGCGAGGCUCCCGCUUCGGCAAACGCCUUCCGGUGCCGCUGCCGCGAGCCGUACGCCGGGCCCCACUGCGAGGCGGCGGCGGGAGCCUGCAGCCCAAACCCGUGCGGGAACGGCGCGAUUUGUGUCCCCCGGACGGAGGGCGGAGCGGGGUCAGGAUACAGGUGCAAGUGUGCCGAGGGAUUUGUAGGCUGGAAUUGUUCGGAAGCAGUCGGGGCAUGCAAUGAGCAACGGUGUGAGCACGGGAGCUGUGUGGACGUUACUCCAAGCACGUUUGUAUGCGAAUGCCACGCAGGAUACAUGGGGCCGACUUGUUCUGCUCCGAUAGAUCGGUGUGCGUCUCUCCCGUGUACGAAUGGUGGCACCUGCAUUGAGGUCCCAGGAAGCUUCGUGUGCAUCUGUCCUAAAGGUUUGAUGGGUCGUCGCUGUGAAUUGGACAUCAAUGAGUGCGCCUCUGACCCCUGUGGACCUCUCAGCCUCUGCAUCAAUUCCGUCGGUGGCUACCGGUGCUUUUGUGCUCCUGGAUUCAUUGGUGCUCGCUGUGACAGUGAUGCUGACGAGUGUCUGAGCUCUCCCUGUUGGAAUGGAGCCUCCUGCAGCAAUCUACGUAAUGGCUUCAGCUGUGAGUGUUUGCCCGGGUUUCAGGGUGGCCUUUGUGAGCAAGAGGUGAAUGAGUGUUCGUCAUCCCCGUGCCACCACGAUGGAAGCUGCAUUGAUCUUGUCGAUGGGUACAUCUGCCUCUGCCCGCCUGGCUUGACUGGCCCUCACUGCGAGAUGGACAUCGAUGAAUGUGGCUCCUCACCUUGUCUGCAUGGUGCUACCUGUCUCGAUUUAAUAGGAGGCUACUACUGCCAGUGCCUCGCCCCUUUUAAAGGACCUGACUGUGAGCUGGUGCCAUGCGAGGGCUUCAGCCCGUGCGAGAAUGCGGCGGUGUGUCGCCAAGAAGUUGACCUCGCUGUGUACCCGAUGGGCUCCAGUUGCAGCUGCCCCGCGGGAUUCGCUGGGCUCUACUGCGAGACCAACACUGACGACUGUGCGUCCGCGCCGUGCAACCACGGAUUUUGCUACGACGCGUUGGACAGCUUUUAUUGCCUCUGCAGUCCUGGAUAUGCCGGAGAGCUUUGCGAGUUGAACAUCGAUGACUGUGAAGUCCACCGGUGCCAGAACAACGCCACCUGCGAAGAUCGACACCUGAGUUACGUUUGUUUGUGCGAGCCUGGCUGGACUGGAGAGUUUUGCGAACGAGACGCAGAUGAUUGCGAAAAUAAUCCCUGCCACAACAACGGUGUUUGCCUUGACCUCUUCAAUGACUACCGAUGUGAGUGCGCAGAUGGCUGGGCAGGCCAAGAUUGCACAGAAGACAUCGAUGAAUGUGCGUCGCGUCCUUGCCUGAACGGCGGCACGUGCUCAGACCCUGGGGCACCAGGACAGUUCUCAUGCCGGUGUCGCCCCUUCUACGCUGGCUCGCAUUGCCAGGAUCCACGCGAUCCCUGUGGCUCCAGUCACAACCCCUGCCACAAGAAUGCACGCUGUCUUACCCUCUCCGAUGGCACGGCGCACUGCGAGUGUCCUCCCGGAUUUGAUGGCGAUCUCUGUGAGUCGGACAAAAACGAGUGCUUAUCGGAACCAUGUAAGAACAACGGAGUCUGCAAAGACAGAACCAACGGCUUUGAGUGUUUAUGUUUUGAUGGGUUUCUUGGGACCUUUUGUGAAGUUAAUAUCAAUGAAUGUGAGUCUAUGCCUUGUGAAAACAACGCAACCUGCAUUGAUCUUCACAACAGAUUUCGUUGCCACUGCCCUGCCGGCUAUUAUGGGCCGCUGUGUGAAUUGGAUGUCAAUGAAUGUGAGUUGAGGCCUUGUGAAAACGGUGGGGCCUGCAUCAAUCUUGAAGGAAGCUACCGCUGCCUCUGCAUACCUGGGUUCACAGGGGCGCUGUGCGACGAGAACGUAGACGAGUGCGCGUCCACCCCGUGCCUGCACCAAUCGGCGUGCGCCAACCGGCCGGGCGGCGGCGGCUACUCGUGCCAGUGCCUCCCCGGCUACACGGGCGCUCGCUGCGGCAUCCACGCGGACGUGUGUGCCUCUGAGCCGUGCCGGAACGGCCGGUGCAUCGAUGCAUUGGGACAUUUCACAUGCGUGUGCGAACCCGGAUGGACAGGCGUGCAGUGUGACGCUGACAUUAAUGAAUGCGACUUAAAUCCGUGUCAACAUGGAGGCAGCUGCCUGGACUCGAGCACAGCCUUCAGGUGCUCCUGUGCUCCGCCGGGCUACACGGGGACCGCGUGCCAAACGGACGUGUGCGCGGAGGGCUCGGAGCUCCACUCUCCAGCGCACUGUGAGCAUGGGGACAUUUGCCAAGAGGGCCCAGCUACGAACUACACCUGCAGAUGUUUGCCUGGGUACGUGGGCACUCAUUGUGAGUUGGAGACCCAUGAGUGCGAGUCCAGCCCUUGUGAAAACGGAGCCACGUGUCGUGACCUGGUGAAUGGAUUUACAUGCGUGUGUGCCAUUGGAUUUUCUGGCGAUCGCUGUGAAGUGGAUGCAGAUGAGUGUCUCACCAAUCCCUGUGUUAAUGGCGUGUGUCAGGAGGGCAAAAAUGAACUGGGAUACCUAUGUUAUUGUCUCCCCGGAUAUCUGGGUUUGAACUGUGAAUUCAACUAUGAUGACUGUCUUAUUGAAAUAUGCCCCGAAGGAUACCUUUGUAAAGACGGCCUUAAUAAUAUCACUUGUGUGUCAGAGCCUUCCAGUUUAAUGCCUGACAUCAAACCGAAUUUUGCAUCGCAUAUUGAUCCGCAGAGUGUGUUCCCAAUCAUGGAGCAAUCUUCUGGACCAAUUGAGAAAUCUUUACUCAAUGUAUUAUUUACCCUGCAGCCUUCCAUUUCAAUGGCGAGAGCAUUGAAACAGACAAAUUCGGGAUCAACCGAUAUGUUGAUGACAUCACCGUCGGAGCUGUUCCCCUUUCAAUUUAACGCUUUAGAUUCAACAACGCCAACGACGCAGAGUGUAAUAUCUACAGAAGUGACUUCCGAUCAGACACCCUCCAAGACCACACAGCACCUUGACAACAUGCGUAGGAAUCUAAUUUCACCGUUCAACAAAUGCACGACAACCGCCGUUUUCGAUGAGGAAUUUCCAGGAUCGCAUUCGUGGCCUGGUGCCAAUUCAGGGAUGCACAUAACGCGUCCGCUUCCGUUCACGGAAGAACCAAAGACCUUGCCAUUGCCAGCGGUCGCCAGCUUAGAGAAACCAAUGACCGAUCGGCGAGCAUCUUCACAGUUUCCUUCAACCGGCGCUGUGUCAGGUGCAGCGGACCCGCCAUCGUCACCCGGUUGGGCAGCCACCCGAGCCGUUAAACCUUCAGCUGUGACAUUAAGUUAUCGUCAAAGGGACGGCACAGUGGCCAGCCAAGAGCAGGCCGGUCACUCCUCGUCUCCGACAGAACCCGUCCUCCCAUCCUUCCAGUCCAGCGCUCAGCUGAGGAGCGAUAUUGAGCGAGACCGUUAUGUGUGGUUGCGUCCGUCUCUGCAAGCCGCGUCCACGGAGAUGUUUCUCCCAGGGGAUGCUUCCGUGUUGCCGGAGCGAAUCUCCGCGCGUGCUGCUGCUUCCAUGACGAAAACGCCACCACCACCAACACCACCACCACCACCACCUCCUCCACACCUGGUCCCAAUGUCCCCUUGCCAGCGGCACGUGUGCCUAAACGGUGGCACUUGCCGGGACGUGUUGCUUCCUGGGGAGAUGGUGAUGUCCUUCCGCUGUGACUGCCCUCUUCACUUCACAGGACACUUCUGUCAGCUGGAUGACACCAUAUAUUUUCCAUCGUUUGGUGGGAGCUCUUUCCUGAAGCUGCCUGCUCUGUCCUUGCUGCUGGAAAACAACAACGAAAGGAAUGAUUUUUCUCCGAGAAAAGACUUGUCUUUUGAAAUCGUCAUUACCGUCAUGACUGCAGCUGUGAAUGGAACGAUACUUUACAGUGGCAGCGAAGGCCUGCACGCGUUCUUCAUCCACCUCUUCCUGACUGACGGAAGGCCGACUGCUCGGUUGGGCUGUGGCUGCUUCGACACAAUUGUAACGGUCGCCUCGCCACAGCGGGCAAACCAUGGCCAGCUGUCUACCAUCACAGCCAGGGUGUCCACCCCAGGAUUGUCAGGGAGCAGCAGUGCCUGUGCAUUGGAGCUGUCCGUCGAUGGCAUUGCAGUGUAUCAGACAAGAGAAGUGAGGUCACUUGUGCAUCCUAAGGACGCCUUUGGGCCCACACUAAUCGGUGGCUUGGAGGAACAAGCCACCGCUGGUGGCGCCAACGGCCUGGUCGGCUGCGUGCGUGAACUGCAGGUCAACGGGCGUGAGCUAUCCAUCGUCGGGGAAGCCACGAGGGGAUGCAACGUGGAGAACUGCAACGUGCCGGUGUGCGAGCGCAGGCCCUGCGGACACGGAGGCACCUGUGUUAGUGAUGCAGAGAACUGGUUUUGCGAAUGCACACCCGGGCGACAUGGGAAGCUGUGCCAAUUCGAGGCCUGCGUCGUGAACCCUUGCGGGCACGGAGCCACCUGCGUGCAUCGAGGAAGAGGAGGGGAAGGAGGAGCGGCCUGCCCCGUGUGCCUCUGCCCCUUUGGGCGCACAGGACCGCUGUGCGAUGACCCAAUCCACGUGACCGUGCCAAGUUUUGAUGGAACCGAUGAGUUUGGCUUCACGUCGUUCUUGGCCUACCCGGCAGUGCUGGGGCUGAACGAUGCCUUCGAGUUUCUCGUGAAGCUUACGCUAGCUAACAACUCCUCGGCCCUGCGCGACAACCUAAUUUUCUUCGCCGGGCAAAAGGGCAAAGGGUUGGAUGGCGACGACUUCCUGGCACUGGGGCUUCAAGGCGGCAGGGUGGUUUAUCGCUACAAUCUCGGCUCGGGGACUGCGUCCCUGCUCAGCGAUCCCGUGGACACGCGCCUGCACAUGCACACAAUCCGCCUGGGCAGGACACUCGCCCGCGGGUGGCUGCAGGUGGACGGGCAGCGGAACGUCUCCGGAGCCUCUCCCGGCCAAUUAUCCGGCCUCAACGUCUUCAGCCAACUGUACGUCGGUGGAGUGAACGAAUUCGCGCCCGCGCUUCUGCCAGAUGGGGCUCGCUUCCUGCAAAGUUUUCAGGGCUGUGUGCUGGGCAUCUGGGUGCGCGCCGGCCCGGGGGACGCUCCCAGCGUCCGCCUCUCACACCCCGUGGCGGGUCGCAGUGUGGGCCAGUGCCUCUCCAACCCCUGCGCGCUCCUCAGCUGCCACAAUGGAGGGACGUGCGUGCCGCUGGGCGCCUCUGUCUACUGUCGCUGCGCGCGUGGCUGGCGAGGCGGCGAAUGUGCGGAGCGCGCGUGCCCGUGUGGGGCCGACCACCGGCCUGCCCACCGCUGCGCUGCCGGAGCCACCUGCGUUCCUCUGCACCCGCACGGCUACACGUGCCGCUGUGCUCUCGGCCAGGCUGGCGCCUACUGUGGCCGGGCUCUGCAAAUCAGUGACCCUUCGUUCAGCACUAACCAAUCAUCGUGGAUGGCAUUUGAGCCGUUUAACGUGCGGCAUGACACCCACAUCCGUAUCCAGUUCAUGCCACGUUCCGGAGAAGGGAUCCUGUUUUACACAGCUCAGCACCUUGCUGCACGCUCAGGAGAUUUUCUGAGCAUCUCACUCUCGGGCGGCUUUGUCCAGCUGCGCUUCAACCUGGGCGACGGCACUAUCUGUCUCGCCUCCACGCGCCCAACGGAUCCGGGAAUGGAAACGUGGUACACGCUGGAGGCCGGGAGAGUUGGUAACUCGGGUUACCUCUCACUCAACGGUAAGAAUGUGACAACGCGUGAGCGGCUGGGCAUGAGGGCACUCGAUGCCAAAACCAGUUUCUUCGUGGGUGGCGUUUUCCCCUCAAGCGCCAUCUCAUCCUCUGCCACCGAGGAUGGGCCCUCCGCUUUUGACGGCUGCGUGCGGGAGGUGGUCGUGAACGGGCGGCGGCUCACCUUGACUGCAAACGGCGCCAAGGGAGGGGCCAACGUUGCGGACUGCGACGGGACGGCGUGCGGCCAUGAGGUUUGCAAAAACAACGGCCAGUGCCGGCCAAAAGGCGGCGUCGACUUUGAGUGUGUGUGCGGCGAACAUUUUACCGGAGCUGCCUGCGAGACUCCAGUAGCGUGUGUGCAUCGACCCUGCAAAAAUGGAGCCGCCUGCUUGCCGGCGAAUACAGAAGAUCUCAAUCUCUUGGGGUAUGUUUGCGCAUGCCGCCUACAAUUCCAGGGACAGCACUGUGAAAAUAAAAUCACGUUUCAGACAGCCGGGUUUUCGGGCGACGGGUACAUCAAGCACACGGACGUGAGAUAUGACCGAAGGAAUCUUCUCAUAAAUGAAAUCUCAUUCAACUUCACCACAGAGUCCAAAGACGGCCUUCUGCUAUGGCUGGGCUUGGCCAAAGACGGAUAUGAUGACUACCUGGCUGUGGGACUCGAAAGAAGCCACCUCAAAGUGGCCGUCAACCUCGGUAAAGGCAUCUCUGCACCAGUAGUCAUAACAGUGACGCAUUUGUGUAAAAACGAGUGGCAUUCUGUUAUUGUGCGGAGGAAGCAAACUUUGAUGUGGGUGUAUUUAGAUGGAGAUUUGGUUGUUGCUGAGGAUCUUGACCCCCACAGGCGCUACAAGGCUCUGAACUAUGAUGCCGUUUGUUAUUUAGGUGGAUUUGAGCUGGGCAGAGAUGUCAGCCGAGUGACAUUUAACCUGUAUUCUCAGCGGCUUUAUGGGAAAAUGAGAGACGUCCGUCUACAUCCAGACGAGGAGGCCAUCGACUUCGCCUUAUUUGCUGAAGGAUAUAAUGUCCACGGAGCAGAUGAACUUUAAACUCUUGGUAUAAUAUGCAGCGUUCGUUAUAUGUUUAAAAAAAAAUUGUAAGAGGGAGAAGCCUCAGGGCAGGAACGCUUGGCAUUUUGAGCUGAUUUAAGAAAACAUUGGUGACAGCUGGAGCCGAUUUGCCUAAAUAUCACAAAGGGCAGCCUCUUUUCAUGCAUCUUGAAUUGUCGGUUACAGAACAAAUGUCAGAAUAACUUUUUUUAUAUCUUGCGUACAGUGGAAGUAGAGUGAUGAAGCUGACUGCCCCUUCUGCUCGCCCCAGCCUCGUAGUGCUGUCGCUUAAAGAGGUUUCAUGAAUCGUCUGCCUCUGCCUAUAUACACACACUCACACAUUCAUUUUUCUGGACCCAACUUAUUUAAUGUUUGUAAUUCGUAUUUAUUAAUCUAUAUGAGACUCUCUGUUGUUCCACCUCCGCAGACUAAUUGUGUGCAAUAGACCGUGAAAAAGCAUUCACGUGUUGGACAUCUGGUCAAUGGAACCUUAGGGGCCGUCCAUAAAUGACGUCACGCGAUUUUUAACAGCAUCACAAAAAGUCAGACCCCUCCUCAAAUAUGACGUUACAAAGCUCUGCCCCCCCCCCCAAAAUAUA